AUGUUUGAUGAGACGAUGAUGUUUGCUAAUAAACUGCUGAAAUGGUAUCUUGGACUAAUUGAAAGUGCACUUGUACCUGUCGCAAUGUCAACCUUUGGAACUGUCGUUGCUGGAGUCGGUGCACUUCACGCACCAAUGGUUGCAGGAGGUUGUGCUGCUAUUGACUCUAUUUCUGAUCAACAGAAAGCUAAAUCAUAA